AUGUCCGUGGAAUUCAGUUCAUUGGCUGCUCCGACCACCAGUCUGCAUGAUGGCGCCGGUGAUUAUGCAGGCUGCGAUUGGAGAGUCCCAUCCCAUCCGUAUUGCACCAGAUGGGGGGUGUUGAGGAUGGCCAACUCAUGGAAAACAAAUAAUCAGACGAUCAUUUUCCAGACAAAAGCCGAUCAAAACUUGGCCAGACCGCCGGCCCCAGUGAGUGUCCACCCCAGCAGGGAGCGUGUGGAUAAGGCAAGGUCGCUUGCUCAUCACUCCCCCAACUGGUUCCUGCAAAGCAACGCCUGUCCGGCUGUCCUUCAAGUACGGCCUGCUUCCCCGUCUUGCUUCUUUCUUUCUUCCUUCUUCUCUCUCACAUUCCAUUGCUUUAUCUCUGGUGCCUAA